GCCGGGUUGCUUUUCAGUGCCUGGUUCGCUGAGAUCAUUGUCAGCCUCUGUCCCUGGGAGUGAUCCGCAUCGAUCUGCUGGCUUCCCUUGGAUCUGCUGGCUAAACACCUUAUGGGAUUUUCCUUCCAUCUACUUCAGGUUCUAGGGUUCUGGUGGAGCUGGCCAUGAUGUUAUGGUUCCUGGUAGGUGCCCUUUUCCCAGCUGUGAUCCUGACUGCGCCGCCUCCCAUUAACAAACUGGCCCUCUUCCCGGACAAGAGCGCUUGGUGUGAGGCGAAGAAUAUCACCCAGAUUGUGGGACACAGCGGCUGCGAGUCCAAGUCCAUCCAGAACAGGGCCUGCUUGGGACAGUGCUUCAGCUACAGCGUCCCCAACACCUUCCCUCAGUCUACAGAGUCCCUGGUGCACUGUGACUCCUGCAUGCCUGCACAGUCCAUGUGGGAAAUUGUGACGUUGGACUGCCCAGGCAAUGAUGAGAUUCCCAGAGUCGACAAGCUGGUGGAGAAGAUCCUCCACUGCAGCUGCCAGGCCUGUGGGAAGGAGCCAAGCCAUGAGGGGGCCCUGUUCAAUGUCUACCUGAACGCGGAGGAGAACAUGCCUGCUGAGGGCCCUGGCCCUCAUCACUAUGCCCACCACCAGCAAGAGGUGGAAGAAGCUCCCGUCUCCAACCACCACCACCAUGAGGAGGAGGGCGAGGAGUGACCCACACCCUCUGGAACUGUCCUUACAGCCUGCAGUGUGGACAGGGGGCUUGCGCAAGGGAGGGGGUGGGCUGGGGGGGAUCUUUCCUGUUUAAUUACUACCCAUCAUGCUUUGCUCUUAGUGGUGCCCUGGGGUCAGAAAGUCCAAGGCACGGACUGGGCUUGGGCUGAGACCUGGGGAUGGAGCCGUAGAGGGCUCUGAAGAAACACCACUUGCACAUAAUAGCAAUAAUAUAUUGCAAAGAGGCAGGAGGCUGAACAGAGGGGCAGCAGCUGGGGGCAGGGCUGGGACUUGUCUCCUCAGGGGCUGAGUGUCAGGGCACAGGCUGGCUUUGCGGGGUCAGAAGUGGCCUUUGGAGUCUCUUUCUCUCUUCUUUAAAUGUCUCCCACAGAGGAGCUGAUUCUUCCUGCUCCAUGACAGUGCGGGCUUCCCUCUCCCUUCCUCUGCCACUCUCCCAGGGUGCGGGUAGAGCUAACGCUCCCCCUCCUGCUGCCUUCUUGGGCUGUGGGGUAGAGUCAUCAGCUCUGAGGCCACCGCUAGGGGAUAAGAAAAUAAUUCAUUUCUCAUGCCCCUACUCUGGAUUUGUGCAGCAUUUACUUCAGACUUUGCCAUUGGAUGUGGCUCCAGGGAUGGAAGUGAGGGGACGCUCAGGGCUCGAUCCAUGGUGGCCUUCCUUGUGCCAGAUACAGGAGGGAUGGAGACAGUGUUGGCUGCCCGCUGGGAACUGGAGGAGAGCACAGGCACAUCCAGCACUAGGCACUGCCAACAGGAGGGCGUGAGCACAUCCAUUGGACACAAUAUGCCGGUGGCCUUUGGACGCUAUAUCUCUCCAAUGCCCCUUCAGUCAAUGUUUCUUUGCCUCGCUGUGUUCAGUGAACAGUGUUUCUGGCCUCACCCCAUUUCCAGGAUCCUCUCUCUUAUCUCCUUGAGUUUACUGUUGGGCCCUGGUGCUCACUCUUGUCCCAUGUAGCAAUGAUAAAGGUCAAAGAAGGGUGCAGCAAGGGGCUAGGAGGGACUGUUCUCCCUGACUGCUGAGUCUGAUUCUGCUCCAUGUACCAUGGCCAGCCAGCCAUGAAGGAAGAGCUCCUCUGGCAGAAGGCUGGGCCUGUAGGGUUAAUGUGGACAGUGGCAAGAAGACGGGACCAGUGGGAGGCCGUUCUCACUCAAAGGAGUGGAGAAUCCAGUUGGCACCAGUGUCCCCAGUAGGCCUUAAGGCCUACAAUUUUACAUGUGGACCCAGGAACCUCCCUUCAUCUCCUCUUCCCUGUUGCUCAACCACCUGUUCUGCCUUAUUUGCCUGGUGUUGCAGGGACCUGUUGGGUAUGGAGGUCUCUGCUCAGCUUGGCACCUGUGAGAGGCUCACCUGCCCUUGCAUACUUUAUUUUCAGUUCAUUGCCUUGGGUAGGGAAGGGCACAGUCCCCAGAAAAGAGGGAGCCAGGAUGUGCUAUAAGCACUGGGGAUCCUUGCUCAGAACCAAGUAUGACCGAGGCAGCGACAGACCAGGCACAGGCAGCAUCCCCUUACCAGGGGAGCCUGGGCCAGAACUGGUGCAUGUGCACAGAGACUGCUCCUGCCCUGCUUUGCCCCUGCCAUGGCUCCCCUGCAGCACUUUAACAGAUGGUGGAGGGUGGGGGUGACGAGAUUGUUCCCAGGCGCCCCUUCACACUGCAGGGGAUCGGGAAGGCUCUUGGAUAGACACAUGUUGCGGGACCUGGCUGCCAAGCCCUCCCUCCUGCUAGCCACCUUCACUCUGCUGUACAAAGCUGAUCUCUGUCGCUUUUCUGACAAAAGCUUCCAGAGCUUGUAACCAAUAUAUAUAUUUCGGCCGGAAAUAUAUAUAUUUCCUUUACACCGUUUGUUCCCCUUGAAUAAAUUAGUUUGAACUUCAA